AUGCUGCGCAACAGAUCGAGAAGAGCGGUUGGUGGUGCUGGUGCUGGUGCCAACCAAGGAGGAGCAGGCGGCCUCAUGGCUGAGCUCCCCGCGGCCACUGCCGCCCAAUCGCCGAGGCAUCCAUCGUCGUCCUCUUCUGCUGCCGCUCCUGUGUUCCCUUCCCCGAGGCCGUUCGUGGCGAUGGCGCUGCCCCAGGCCGGGCUCCUGCUGGACGGGUCCUCCGAGGGCCCCUCGUCAGCCGUGAGCCCCACCUCCAUUCUCGAGACCAAGCAGUUCUGCUGCUCCGCGCUGCCCCCGUUCCUGUCGGAGAGGAGCCUCCGGAGGGCGCACACGGACGCGACCGCGCCUCCGGAGCCGGCCGGCGUCGGCCUCGCCGACGUGCUCCGGGACCACGGGGACGCCAAGGUCGCCGGGGGCAAGGUGGUGUUCGGGUCCCAGCUCAGAAUCCAGGUCCCAUCAGGCAGGGCCAUCGAGCUGGUCUCCUCCCCGAUCGAGUUCGGCGCCAAGAACAGGGACGCGCAGCUCGCGGUGCUAUCGCCGGCCAGGAGGUUCCUGCCGGAGAUCGUGAGCUCGCCGUCCGCCCGGGUGUUCGCCGGCGGCGUGGCCGUCGUGCCCCCCGGGGAAAUGGCCAUGUCGGAGGACUACACCUGCGUCAUCUCGCGCGGCCCGAAUCCGAGGACCACGCACAUCUUCGACGACUGCAUCGUCGAGAGCUGCGGGGAUUUGCUAGUCGACAAGGCUGACAAGGCCGCGGCCGCCGUCGCCGGCGGCGGAGCUGUGGCGUGUGGCUUCUUGAGCUCUUGCCAUGCAUGCAACAAGCAACUUGGACAUGGCAAUGACAUCUUAAUCUAUCAGUGA